CCGUCAUCCACUUCAUCUGCUUCAUUUUCAACAUUCUUGUCCUCUGCCCUUGCUUCCAGCUCGUCUAAUUGCCUCUGCUCGGACUUUCAGGUUGAACCGAUUGUCACUGCUGAUUUCCCAUCUUCAUCCUGUUCCCGGCCGACGUCCCCUCUGCUUGAGGCUUCUACAGACAUAUCCUUUAUUAAUCAUGUCCCACCAAGUCCCCAAACUUUAUCGUUAAAUAGGAUUCAAUGUUUUUCGGAUGGAUCAAAGCCCAUUGAGAAAAUUGAUUUAUUGGCCUUAAUUUCCGACGGAUCGGUUGAUCCUGUAACAAUAGCUUCUGCACCAAAAGCAGUAAAAGCAGCAGCAACAGCAACUACUUCCAUUACUUUUUCUGAUGCUGGUAUCGCAACUUCAUCUAUUUACUGCCAGUCUUCUGUUGCAAAUACAAUUGAUGCUAGUCACAGAUCUAGCAAACUUCCCCCCGAGUUGCUUGUAUGUGAAAAAUCUUCCUCAACUUCACUUUUAGCCCCGAACUGGCUUCCGCUACAAUUACCCUUUGAGAAGAGUCUCUAUGAGGACAUUUAUAGAGCUUCUUUGGUCUCCGCUCAAGCCUUUGCUUGCCCAUCUCAGUCUGCUUUAUCUCAGGACCAGGCCGGAAAAACGCCUACUUUGCAUAGUUCAUCUCUGCCCUCCCUUCCACAUAAUUCACAAGUUCCUCUACCUCAAAUCUUGCCGUCUAACUUUGGCCAGGAAGUUGCACAUGUGGCUAUUCUCAAAUGA